AACACUGAAUUACAUUUUAUAGGAAGAGCUUAGAAACAAAACUAAUCAAUUUAAAUAUGAUUAUUCAAACCUAAAUUUCUGUAUUUGGAUUAUUUUUCCCAUUCUUAAUAAUGAACCCUAAAUUACCCAGCGCUAUUAUGAACAGGCACUGUAUUGGGCACCAUACCGGAAGAAAACAAUUGAUCGCUCAGUAACUUCACCUAGGAAAUGUAUUAAUCCAAAUUUUAUUUAUAGACGCAAGUAUUUAUAUAAUUGAAAAAAAAUGGAUCGUUUUAUGUGGACAAAUGGACUCCUUGAAAUGAAUGAAACCUUAGUAAUCCAGCAAAGGGGUGUUCGACUAUAUGACGGAGACGACAAGGCGAAACUUGAUGUAGGAGUGGUCCUCUUAAGCACACAUCGAUUAAUUUGGAGGGAUCUAAAGAAUCAUGAGUGCUGUAUAUGUAUACCGUUGUCUCAGAUCAUAUUCUUUGAGGAGCAGGCUGCAGGAAUUGGAAAGAGUGCCAAGAUUGUCAUUCACCUGCAUCCAGUUCCUGCUAAUAAAGAGCCGGGGCCAUACCAGAAUAGCAAGUUCUCCUACAUUAAGUUAUCCUUUAAGGAACAUGGACAAAUUGAAUUUUACAGACGUCUGACAGAAGAAAUGACUCAAAGGAGGUGGGAGAAUACGCCAGUGUCACAACCCAUUACACCAACAGCACUGAAGGCAGGAAAAACCCGUGCAGUAGGGAUUGUUGGCAUUGAGCGGAAGCUGGAGGAGAAGAGGAAAGAGACAGAUAAAAACAUUUCAGAGGCAUUUGAAGAUCUCAGCAAGCUUAUGGAGAAGGCUAAAGAGAUGGUUGAGCUUUCCAGAUCCAUUGCCAACAAAAUCAAAGACAAACAGGGGGACAUCACUGAGGACGAGACCAUCCGCUUCAAGUCAUAUUUGUUGAGCAUGGGCAUUGCCAACCCCGUAACCAGGGAAACGCAUGGCUCAGGCACACACUACCACAUGCAGCUUGCUAAACAGUUAGGAGACAUGCUGCAGGCACCACUGGAGGAGCGAGGAGGUAUGAUGGCCCUCACAGAGGUUUACUGUCUAGUGAACCGGGCACGCGGGAUGGAGCUUCUUUCUCCUGAGGACAUGGUCAAUGCCUGCAGGUUGUUUGAGUCUUUGAAACUUCCUCUCAGGUUGCGAGUGUUUGACAGUGGCGUAAUGGUGGUUCAGCUUCAGUCUCACAGUGAAGAAGAGAUGAUUGCAUCUGCUAUCGAUAAUGUGUCUGAUAAGGGCUCCUUAACUGCAGAGGAGUUUGCUAAACUUUUAGGACUGUCUGUUCUUCUUGCAAAAGAAAGACUGCUUCUGGCUGAGAAAAUGGGGCAUCUAUGCAGAGAUGACUCUGUGGAAGGCCUGCGCUUUUAUCCCAACCUUUUCUGAUGUAUCAGAAGUCUGAAAAUCAGGAAUAAUCCUUUUUUUCUUUUUCUUCUACUGGACUCAUGUUCUGAUGAUCACACAGAACCCUGCUUACAAAACAGAACUGUUCACUUUGUACUGUAUACUGGACCAAGUGGAACUGCACUGCAGGAUGUUCAGUUCACAACUCUAUAAUAUUAGUGAGCAGUGUUAUUGGUGUACGUUUUGGUUCUAAAGUUACCAUACUUAUUUCUUUGCACAUGGGGUUGCAGGAGUAAUGUUUAAUUGCUCUAGUUCAAAGGGGUCUGUAAAAUAUAUAAAUUCCACUGAAUUAGGUACUAUAUAAUAUCCCAAGUGCUAUUACUAAACAGUGAUUAAAUAUUAUAAAUCUACCCAGCAAGGCUAUGACCAAGAACCUCACUAAUGUACAAGUUUUAGGUUUGGGCUUCAUUAUGCUGGCAUCCAAGGGAAAAGUUCCAGUUCACAGAAAAUGUAUGGCUAUCGUCUGACACUGUUUUUGCACAUUUGCACCCAUAUGUAAUUUGAACAACUUGAUCUAUAUUUAGUCCUGCUUUGCUAUUAUAAUAACUUCCAUUUUUCUGGAAAGGCUUUCGACUAGAUAUUGGAACUCUUGCUGUAGGAAUUUGUCAGAGGAGCAUUAGUGAGGUCAGGCACUAGAGAAUGGGGAUGUCUUUGCUGCAAUGAGUGUUAUAAAGGUGUUCAGUGGGGUUGAGGUCAGGCCUGUGCAUGACAUUUACGUUCUUCCUGACCUUCCUUGGGAAACCAUGUCUUUAUGGUCCUCACUUCAUACCCAUGAGCAGUGUACUCCUGGAGCUGGUUUGGGCCCCUUGAAAGUAAAAUCCAAAGCUACAGCAUACAAGACAUUCUAGACAAUUGCGUGCUUCCAGUGUUCUGGCAAACAGUUUAUAAAGACCUAUAUACUAUGGGUGUGAUGAUAAAGUGUCCACAGAUUUUUACCGAUAUUGUGUAAGUUUAAUCCUACAUCUCCUUUAGUAACUAAAUAAAGUGAAUUUUUCCCCAGUGUAUUUUUGGUUAAAUAUUUACUUGACUUGAAGACCAUCCUGAUCUUUUCUUUUUUUAAUCGUUCCAUCAGAUGAAUAUAAGAAUGCUGAAAUAUGAGUUAAGUUCCAGGAUUCCUGGGUUUGAUCCUGAGCUUGGGUUAUCGAACUAUCUGUGACUGGUGUCCCGUACAGGGUGAAUUCUCUUGCUGCUGCAGGGCCAUAGUUCUGACUCUGGAUCCACCACAACAAAAAGUUUACUGAUGAUUAAUAUCAUUUUACUCAUAUGUUUUACUAUGGAGAAAAAUACUAGCAAGCUCACUGUAUAUUAUAACUGUAAAACAGUUUUGUCCUUUUUGUUAUU